AUGUAACCGCAACACAUGACAAAAAACAAAGCCGGUGUCUUAUUUGGAAGCGUCCCCGCUCGGCUGGGCCGCAGGGGCUGGACUUUGGGUUUGAGGAAGCCGCCGGCCCGCCCGGCGUCGGGGAGCGGCAGAGAGGGGGGACUCAUCGGGCUGCAGGACACCGACAUUACCGCCUGCGCGACGGCUCCCCUCCACGUCCCGAUUCGCCGCCGCGACCGGCCCGCUCUCACCCAAGCGGAGGUGCUUUUCGUGUCAGAAUCGAACAAUGUGAUUGGGUUUGGAGGCAGCUGCACUCCGACGGUCCAGGACCUCACCUCCAUUAGAAUGUACUUGAUGAAUGUGCCUCCUGUGGCAACUACACAAACCAAAUGGAGAACAUGUGGCCCACCUGGAGGCUAUAGCCUUCCGAUCUGCUUCAAUGACUCUGACACCGAGUUGUCCACCAGAGGCACACCUAUCUCAGAUAAGGUCCAAAUGAUCAUAGAGAGCCUUAGGAGCACGCAGUCCUCACUCGAGAUGGGCGACGAGAUCGAGGAGCAUGUGCCACCGGGACACGAUGGUCAUCCCCGAGUCUGCAAGGUUGCAGGGGCUUCUUACGUGGGCCCCAAUUCCAGAACUAAAGGUUCCACAGAAAACCAAGUCUCAGAUCAUAAUGCCCCGAUCGACCACGCCAGAAGUGACUCUGACAGCGAUGAUUCUGUGGACCGAGGUAUCGAGGAGGCUAUAUUGGAAUACCUGAAGGAAAAGGACGAUCACAAACGCAAGGCGGAACCAUGCUUAGCCUAUCUCCAAUCAUCCAAAAUAUCCAGGAAAAGCCCAUCCGCUGCUGAGGACUUCAAGCAGAUCUCGGACAGCAAUGGGUUUUCCAUUGCCAGUAGCCAGCUUCCAAAGAGUAUUGAAGCUGAUACUUCAACAGCAUCAGUUGUUAUACCUAUAAAGAAGUAUAUCAAAAACAGGGUCCUCCUAGAUGACAACGCACUUGAGAAAUUGCAUUCAAGUACGACUAACAAAGGUUUGGUCUCGUCCAACGAGCAGACGAGUCACGCCUCUCAAACAUUCGGCCUCUUCUGCAAAGCAAAGUGCCCGGUUACGGUAGACGAAGAGUCAAAUGAUUCCAGCAGCGACGACGGCAUCGAGGAAGCCAUUCAGAGAUACCAGCUGGAGAAAAAAGGGCAGCAGCAGCACAAAACGGAAACUUUCGACCCACGCGCUUUCGAAGAAGAGUCCGACUCCACCAGCGAUGACGGGAUUGAGGAAGCCAUUCGUUCCUACCAGCUGGAGCAGCUAACAGGGAAGAGCGUCCUGAAGCCAUCCGUGCACAAGCAACAACCUUUUGCUAAGUCAUUGAUACGCGCUGUUGCACGUACACGCACGGAAAGCACCAGGAAACACAAACUGAGAAAGAAAAAGACCAGAGCAGAGCGGGAAGCCAGAUCUGUUCAACCCCCUCCUCCUGUUUUCGUACCCAAGAGCACCGUUCCAGAAGGCUCAAACGGCAAAGGAAACCGAUUGCUUUUGUUUAAAGGAGAUGGCUUCAAGGAGCACCCGACGCUCGCCCCUCCAAAGGCUACUACAACUGCAGAGCUCAUGUGUGCCGAGGCGAUACUGGACAUUUCAAAAACGGUCAUGCCCGAGGCCUUCCAUCAUAGCGUUGGCCUCAGCAGUUGCACCCCUACCGAAUCUUCCUUGCAAUCGUCGCCCCCCGAACACUGCGCGGAUGAAGAAAGCGAUAGCACUUCCAUCGAUAGCGAAGACGGGAUAGAGCUAGAAAUCAGGAGAUUCCUCGAGCAGAAGGCCCAGAUGCACCAACAGCUGCCCAACGCUGAGACACUACAGCCUCGGCCUGUACGUCAACCGGAGAGAGCGAAAGCCGCAAUCCAAAAGAGACCUUCGAGACUGUCCUUGGCACAGAGACGAAAACACAAAGGGGAAAACUGCAGCGUCUCCCUCACGUCGGGGACGGAGAACAAUGUCAGAGAAACGCCCCCUAAAGCGUCACUCGAGCAGAGACAAGAAUUCAGCCCACUGUUAUUCAGCCAGGGCAGUCAAACCCACUCAACAGCUCGACUGUUCAAGACGGAGCAAGGUGGGGACAAAAGCAGCUCACUUGACAGCGAUGAGGACUUGGACACCGCGAUAAAAGCCCUGCUCAAAACAAAAAAGAAGUCAAAGAAAAAAACAAGGGACUUGAAGCGGAAAUCAAGGGUGGGUCCCAAGGACGAAGAGCCACAGCUGGGAAAUGCUUCCAAAAAGUUUAAAGCUAAAAUUCCCAAUCGCGAUCUUUUGAAAGAAUUGGAAAAGAGUAAGAUUGAUAUGAAAGACAAGGUGGUGUUGAGUAAAAAGAGCAUUUCACAACAUAAACGCCUCAGCAAGAGUAACGAGCGUGAUGAGCUACGUGAAAGAGAACCCGCAGUGGGGUGUCGAGACACCCCGUUGCCACACCACACACCGCCUACUCUUGAGACAAAGCAAGACAGCAGCUCAGAAGACAGCGACGAUAGCAUCGAGGAAGAGAUCCAAAGGUUCCUCGCCGAAAAGGCCAAAGGCUCCACCGCAGAGAAAGGUAAAGACGUAUCGAGGAACGGAACUGCCCCGGUUUCUACAGCGCUUGAGGAAAAAGACAUCAAGCAGGAAGGUCAGCAGGCUGAAAUUCCUCUCUGGGGGCAAUCUCCUGCGAGGAACCGUCGUCUUCCGGCUCCGCCGGAGGUCGUCGCCGCUGCCGAGGUCGCACAGGCACGCGUGCUGCCGUCCCAGACCCGCAGCCCCAGUCUUUUGGAAACGGCGGACUGGGUCGCUCGGGCCGAGCAGUGGAGGCCGAGCUCCGGGCGAGGGGACGGCCAGGGCGUCGCCCCCCAGGUCGAGAGGGUUCGGCCGAGUCCCAACGUCGCGGAGUCGAUCAAGUGGCGCCAGAGCCUCGGGCUCCCGGGGCUCCCCGCCACCGACGCCAGGACUACCAGUCGAACUCCGUUCCACAUGACUUCCGCAAAACUCAGCGAGACUGCUUCAGGGGCUCCGCCGUGUCAAAGCGGGGGCCACAAAUCACAGACACCGGUGACUGCCUGGUCCGCCGCGAAGACCACCAGAGCACCUUUCCCCUGCUCUGCAGAGACCAAUGUAAAUACCAAGUUCAGGUCCCCUCCUUUGAAUCGUUUGUCCAGUGCCAGGCAGCAUCCGAGGACGCCCUUUGCAAGUAGCCUCGCGCCCGCCCACAGUUUACAGCGCCCUGCAGGGGGAGAGAGGGAGAGCAUGGUGCACAUGUCUAAGGAUAAGAGUGUGUUUGUCGAACUCGAGUCCAACAGGACCAACCACGUCCAGGUUCGAAGCAGGGAGAGGAGCGAGGGAAAGGAGGGAGCGAGCGCGCUCUGCGAGAUAAAGCGAGAAAAAGAGGCGAGCGUGGAGAUAGACAUCAAACCUGUGCAUCUAGCGAGAACAGACGAGGAGUUUAUAGAUGAGUCAGGCAGCAGCAGCAGUCACGAGAAGAAGCAGGGCUUUCCCACGUUGUCUUUGUCCAGUGCCAUUGACCCGGGCAUCACCUUCAGACCUUGCAUAGCUCUCACCACAGAGGAGAGAAGCAGGAUGUACAGCAGGAGUUACCAGGCUGAGAGAUGCAAGCAGGUGGUUCCUCCUCGCCGUGGUUCUGCAGUGAAGAGCAAGGCUUUGCAGCGCGUCACAAAACGACUUCAGUUCAUCCCAGUGAACAGGAAAAAUGAGGCAGGUGCACCACACUGCAUCAUAACCAAAUAAAACUUAAUUCUGCAUUUGAAAUAUUUAUGCAGAUAAUAUUGGAUAUUACCGAGUUUCAGUUGUUGGGUAUUCAAAUGUAUAAUAACUU